UUAUUAUGUCCUUUUAUCCACCCAGAUACAACCUUGAUAUACGGAUGUCUGUACAACAUGCAUGCAGGUGCGCUUGUGGCUGAAAUGGUGGAAGAUAUGCCCUGGGUCCCGAGAAGCUCCUUAUGUCUGCUUUUGCGUGCGUCGAAGCUCGGAUUCAUACCUCAGCAAGUAGCCGAAGUGUUUUCGAAUGGGAUAUGAAAUGGGAGCUUGAGUUCUUGAGACGAAUGCUACCUUAUUGUCUUUCCCCAAGUUAGAGGGCCAUCUCGUACCUGGCCUCUUCUUAGUUUGUUGUCGACCAGAGAAGAUAUUUCGAUGUCUGUUCUUCUGGUCCAAACUUCCUAAUCUACUCCGGCUCUGUAUCUGAAUACUUCUGAUGUUCUCUUGCCAUGCUGUUUUUAGUUUGUCUGCGAAGUUCUGCGUCAAGUGACGACCACAUGGAUGCUCUGUGCAUCUACGCAUCCCUUUCAGGAUUGCAGAAGACCCUCUCAUGCCUUCUACUCCGGGUUGUUCAAACUAAAAUUCCAAGCAUGUUCCAUUUCCAGGUCUCCGGAUAUCAUUACUAUUGAUCAUCUAUUUGCCGGCCUCCAUCUAAUGUGUGAUUAGCCAACCACUUUACCGUUUAUUUAGGACGAUUUCUCUGCACGAGUAACAUGUGGCGACACGCAUAUCCAGCAGAAAUGAUAGUCCCUCAUUCUCGGCAGUUGUUUUAUACCAGUAGCAUAUCGAAUAAGUAUAUCAGCAUGGAUAUCUUUAAGUCAAUGGCUCUUUGGACUUUCAGCACCAGCAGCUGUCAUCUCUAAAGACUGCCGUCAUGUGGUCAAUUACUUCCCUCGUUGCCCUUCUGGGCUCCAUGCCAUCCAUCAAUGCUCAACCAACCCAAGCAGCAAUGAUGCGCUUCGCCUGCUCCCAGCUGGUUGUCGAACGACUUGACCCUCUCGUCUGCCCAGGCAUCAUCGGUUCGCCCCACACGCAUCAAAUCGUUGGUGGGAACUCUUUUAACGCAACCAUGGUCCCCAUAUCUCACGAUCUAGUCGCACAAUCCACAUGCACAAGCUGUACAUUCAGCGAAGACUUGAGUAAUUACUGGACAGCUGCUCUGUAUUACCAGGCGAGGAAUGGUUCGUUCAAGAGAGUGGCACAGUUUGAGAAUGGCGGGCUGAAGCAGAAUGGGGGUAUUACGGUGUAUUACAUUCCGCCGUAUGAUGGUGUAUCGAACGUUACUGCUUUCACGCCUGGCUUCCGUAUGCUAGCCGGUAACCCAAUGCUUCGAAGUACAGAGGGCGAAUUUCGUGGAAUAUGCCACCGCUGCUUUGGUGCAAACUUCGAACCUUUCGGCGGUGCACCCUGCACUGGCAAUGACACUACUUCUCUCCCCAAUGAGUUCUGCGCUGGUGGAAUCCGCACAACUGUGACAUUCCCAAACUGUUGGGACGGCGUCAAUCUCGACUCCCCCGAUCAUCAAAGCCAUGUCGUAUACUCGACUAUUCCGUUCGAGCCAUAUGUUGAUCCAGUUGUCACGAGGCCGUAUACACCAUCAUUGGAAAGAGGAAAGUGUCCUGAUAGCCAUCCGGUGCAUUUGCCGCAACUCAUGUAUGAGGUGAUGUGGGAUACAAGACCGUGGAAUGACUUGGAAUUGUGGAGGGAGGAUGGGAGUCAGCCAUUUGUUUACGCCAUGGGUGAUGCUACCGGUCAUGGCCAACACGGUGAUUACAUGUUCGGAUGGAAGGGCGACUCAUUGCAGCGAGCUCUGAACGCGCGUUGCACAGGUGAUAGGUGCAAAGAGCUCCUGAGGCAAUCUGAUGAGGAUGCGAUGAAAUGCACCAUGCCGCAGACGGUGAAGGAGGAUGUUGAUGGGUGGUUCACUAAACUUCCUGGCGAUGUUGUGGUUUCUCGGUAAAUCUCCGGAGCUUUGGCCCUCACAUCAUGUUGGGGGGCUGGGGCGGGUCGGCUUGAAUGUAAUUGUCACUUU